UGAGCACGGGGCCGACCGUGGACUGGCCGAAAGGAGCCGGUGGAGGGAGGGGGGAGAAGGCCCCAAACUCCCAGCAAUGAAUGAGUGCGCGAGCCGGCGGAGGCCCGCUAUAACCAGGCGGCUCGGUUUGUCCGGUUCGGUGAGCGGUUGUGUGCUCUGAUCGCGAGGAGGGCGGAAGGCUGGAUGUUACCCUGGUGGUGGAGGAGGAGGAGAGGCCGGCAGUGAGUGAGUGCCGGGUCCUGUCCCUUCUCUUUACCCCCACCCCCUUCCCCCCCUCUCCCGGGAGGGGGGCCGGGAGCUGCGGCUGCGCUGGAGCUGGAGCUCGAGCCGAGUGAAGCGGGGGCCCCGAGGCCGAGGCGGAGGCCCUGGGGGCAGAGACAGAGAGCCAGGCCCCGGCCUCUCUCGCUCAGUGAUGUGGAGUGCGAGAGCCUCCCCUCAGCCAGCUGCCCACCAUGGAAACUCACGACCUGCCGAGAGAAGGCACCGACUGUGAGGAGCGCCCGGCGCUGAGCGGCGGCACCACCACCACCAGUACGAACAGCCCGAGGCUCCCGGGCCUGCUGUGGGAGCCCAAGUACAGCCUGGUGCAGGAGGUGGGCCGCGGCAGUUACGGCGUGGUGUACGAGGCGGUGGUGAGGAAGAGCGGCGCCCGGGUGGCCAUCAAGAAGAUCCGCUGCGACGCCCCGGAGAACGUGGAGCUGGCCCUGUCCGAGUUCUGGGCUCUGACCAGCCUCAAACGGCAGCAUGAGAAUGUGAUCCAGUUCGAGGAGUGUGUGCUGCAACGGAACGGCAUGGCCCAGAAGAUGAGCCACGGCAACAAGCGCUCCGAGUUCUACCUGCGCCUGGUCGAGACCUCGCUGAAGGGCGAGCGGAUCCUGGGCGCCGGCGAGCCCUGCUAUCUAUGGUUCGUCAUGGAGUUCUGCAACGGCGGCGACCUGAACCAGUACGUGCUGUCCCGGAGGCCCGACUCGGCCGUCAACACCAGCUUCAUGCUGCAGCUGACCAGCGCCAUCGCCUUCCUGCAUAAGAACCACAUCGUCCACCGCGACCUGAAACCCGACAACAUCCUCAUCUCCGAGAAGUCGGGAGUCCCCAUUCUCAAAGUGGCCGAUUUCGGCCUCAGCAAAGUUUGUGUGGUGGGCGGAGGAGCAGCCACUAACAAAAACGUGAAUGUGAACAAGUGCUGGUUGUCCUCCGCCUGUGGCUCUGACUUUUACAUGGCUCCAGAGGUCUGGGAAGGACACUAUACGGCCAAGGCUGACAUUUUCGCUCUGGGGAUCAUCAUAUGGGCCAUGAUUGAACGAAUAACUUUUAUUGAUGCUGAGACUAAGAAAGAACUGCUUGGGACCUAUGUUAGACAGGGCAGUGAGAUUGUACCUGUAGGGGAAGCAUUGCUAGAAAACCCAAAGAUGGAACUACACAUCCCGCAGAAAAGGAGGACUUUCAUGUCUGAAGGGAUCAAACAGCUUAUUAAAGACAUGUUGGCUGCUAAUCCACAGGAUCGUCCCGACGCAUUUGAGUUAGAAACUAGGAUGGACCAGGUCACUUGUGCUGCAUAAAUUAUCUAUUAUAAAGGGGAUACUCUUGUAAAAGGCUGGACAAAUUAGAACACGAAUUUGCUGUCAAGAAUGGAAAUUAAAUUGAACAGCUUCCUUAGAACAUACAGAAAUUGAAGUCUUUGCUGCAUUUAGAGCUUCAGCACUAGCUGAUGUCAGGACAAGGAAAGCUAUGCAAUUAAAUUGCUAAGAUUUUAUUUUUUUGGGGUGGGAGUGAGUGUUUGCCAUGCAAUAAGCUUGUAUUUACACUAUUUGGUUGUUUCUUCACUUUAUCUGAUUAAAUGCUGUGUCCUUGAAGAUUUAAUUGGGUGGAUUGAAUUCUUAAAGCUAAAUGACCCUAUGUUGAUUAACUUUUGUUUUAUGUUAAGCAUUAGAUGUUAUUGGCAAGAAUUUGAGCAGCUGCACUUAUUAUAUACCAGUAUGAUUUAUUUUAAAAUGAUCAGCAUGAGUGACCAGAGUGCCUUAUUAUUUUGUCAGAUUUGUUGAUGCUAUACAGAAUCCAAGGAGCUUUAAAUUUCAAAAUGUGUAAUUUUUUUUGAUAAUGUACUGGAGAGCCAGUUUCUUUAAUAUGGCCUGGAUGAUGUGUUCUGGCAGGCUGAAAACUAAGGGUUAGUUGAACCAUAAAAUCAGGAAUUUCAUUGAAAUAAUUUGUUGAAUAAAGAACUUGACCAUUUGGAAACUGAA